AUGUUCAUAUCUAUCUAUCUAUCUAUCGUUGUUCAUAUUUUUCUUUCUUUGAAUCGAUAUUUUUAUUUUUAUCUUCUUUCUCUCCUGCCUUCUUUCUUUCUUUCUUUCUUUCUUUCUCUCCUGCUUUCUUUCUUUCUUUCUUUCUUUCUUUCUUUCUUUCUUAAUUAUAUCUAUCUAUCUAUCUAUCUAUCUAUCUAUCUAUCUAUCUAUAUCUAUCUAUCUAUCUAUCUAUCUAUCUAUCUAUCUAUAUAUCUAUCUACCAUUUUGUUGCUGGUAAUAUUUUUUAUCUAUCUAUCUAUCUAUCUAUCUAUCUAUCUAUCUAUCUAUCUAUCCCACCUCUUUCUUUCUUUCUUUCUUUCUUUCUUUCUUUCUUUUCCCCUUCCUUUUUUUCUUUUUCCUUUCUUUUCCGUGCAACUACGACUACUAAAUGCAUUAGAUUCCCUUCCAUCUCUACAUUUUCCUACAGUCUCCGGUAGCUUCACCACAGAAAUAGUCAUUCUCUGGCAGUCUCCAAAACCUUCCCCAGAACCAGUCAGUUUUCAACAGAAACACACACAAACAUACACACACACACACGCAUCUAUCUAUCUAUCUAUCUAUCUAUCUAUCUAUCUAUCUAUCUAUCUAUCUAUCUAUCUAUCUAAGUCAGCUCAUUAUCUAUCUAUCUAUCUAUCUAUCUAUCUAUCUAUCUAUCUAACUCAUUAUCUAUCUAUCUAUCUAUCUAUCUAUCUAAUUUUUAUCUAUCUAUUCAUUCAUCUAUCUAUCUAUCUAUCUAUCUAUCUAUCUAACUUUAAUUAUCAUAUCCAUCUAUCUAUCUAUCUAUCUAUCUAUCUAUCUAUCUAUCUAUCUAUCUAUCUAUCCUCCCGAAAUAAUAACAAAAGCCAAUUUAAUUAUCUAUCUAUCCAUCUAAGUCAGCUCAUUAUCUAUCUAUCUAUCUAUCUAUCUAUCUAUCUAUCUAUCUAUCUAACUCAUUAUCUAUCUAUCUAUCUAUCUAUCUAUCUAUCUAUCUAUCUAUCCUCCCGAAAUAAUAACAAAAGCCAAUUUAAUUUUCUGGACGAGGAAACAAACCCAUUCGAACAGUUCCAUGAAAAUAAAAUAGGGCAAUUUCUAGAUAGAUAUGAAUAUUAUGCACAUUAUCUAUCUAUCUAUCUAUCUAUCUAUCUAUCUAUCUAUCUAUCUAUCUAUCUAUCUAUCUAUCUCAUUCUGUUCACUUUCAAUCUAUCUAUCUAUCUAUCUAUCUAUCUAUCUAUCUAUCUAUCUAUCUAUCUUGAUUGA